ACCUCAGAGAGAGAGAGCGCGCGCGUGUGUGGCAGAAAAAAAAAAUAACACCUAAUACUUUUACGACUCCAGCAAACUGACUGCGGAACAUCGCUUUCACCUUUGUGGAUUUUUUUUUACGUGUGUGCGUCUCGCAUGUGUUUUUUCCCGUAUUGCCUGGCGCAGGUCUGACAGAGUUGUUACUGGACUUAAACGAAGGCGCACCAGUGUUCAAACUCGGGGAAAACGCACCGGGCGCUGGAUUUUUCUUUUCUUUUCUUUUGAUUUUGUUUUCCAGAAUCUGAAGAUCCCAGGCGGGGCAUGACUGGUAUCGGGCAUCUAGACAGGUGAAUAGUUUGCCUUCUUUCAGAUCAGAACUUUUCCUCGUUAUUAACAUUGGGGAUAAAAGUAUAGUCUUAAGAUGUCAAAGCCUGCUGAUCAUAUCAAGAGACCCAUGAACGCGUUCAUGGUUUGGUCCCGGGGCCAGAGGAGGAAAAUGGCACAGGAUAAUCCCAAAAUGCACAACUCGGAGAUCAGCAAAAGACUGGGCGCUGAGUGGAAGCUGCUGUCAGAGUCUGAGAAGAGACCUUACAUCGAUGAGGCCAAGAGGCUGCGGGCUCAGCACAUGAAGGAGCACCCUGACUACAAGUACAGACCCAGGCGCAAACCCAAAAACCUGCUCAAGAAGGACCGUUACGUUUUCCCGCUGCCUUACCUCGGGGACACCGAUCACUUGAAGGGACUUCCCGUGUCGGCCGCGGACUCUCUUUUGGGCUCUUCAGAGAAAGCCAGAGCGUUUCUGCCGCCGACGUCCGCCCCGUACUCCUUCCUCGACCCAAGUCAGUUCAGCUCCAGCGCCAUCCAGAAGAUGACCGAGAUGCCCCACACGUUGAGCACCAGCACUUUGCCGUACGCAUCCUCACUGGGAUACCAAAACGGCGCGUUCGGCACCCUUGGGUGCCCCAGUCAGCACACCCACACCCACCCGUCGCCCACAAACCCGGGCUAUGUCGUCCCGUGUAACUGCACAGCCUGGUCAGCAUCAAGUUUACAGCCCCCGGUGGCCUACAUACUUUUUCCAGGUAUGACCAAGACUGGGAUAGACCCAUAUUCAUCCGCACAUGCCACUGCCAUGUAACCCUCAAGACUCAUUUGCUCUUUUUAAUUCACUUGAAUACUGAAAUGCAUGUAAAUAUAUUAUGGACAGCGCGCCCUAUUAAAAAGGCAUGAACAGUGUUAACUGCCUUGGACUUGUUAUGGCACAAAAAAGAGGAAAAAACAAACAAACUUUUGCAGAAAUCCACCAAGUUCCUGCCUGAGCAAAGGAGCUGGAGUUUGGUGUAAAGGACGGAGCCCUGUGAACUGUAAGAAAUGUAAAUGUUAUAACGUUUAUGGCAACCAGAAAAGGAGGCCUUUAACUUUAUUUAUUGUGUACAUUUCAAUGCUGAUAUGCUGAUUUGUGUUGAUUAUUGCUAGGCUUCACUUUUAUUUUGAAAAAUUGGCUUGCACAAUUAGCGUUCAUAUUUCCUGUAUCAGCCUAAGGAGUCCACAUUUUGGCAAUUUUAUGACGAUGUUCUGGACAUAGGGUCAAAAUCAGGACAUGUAGGCUGGAUUAUAUACGGGUUAUAUUGUUUAUAUUUAUCACAAAAAAGAGGAAAGAAAAAAGAAAACUGGCACAUAAAACUAUACGGUCUAUUUAAGAAGACACAAAUGAGGAAAAAAAAAAAUUCAUUUACAUCCAGAUGUUUCAUUUUGCAUUUUUACCUGUGGUUCAGUGCUAAUAUAGUCACACGCGUCAUUUUAGUUUGUUUUUUGUUUUUUAAGGAUAACUUCUAUUUGAAUUCAAGGAGUUCUAUGUGUAUUUUCUAUCUAAGAUGGUAAUUUAAAACCUGUCAUGUUAUGGAAAGGAUAAUGUAUCUAGAAGGUUGAUACCUCCUGCUCUUUGUUCAAGUGCCGAGCAAAGACAUUUUCAAUAAAGACAAUCUGUCUUCAACCAGA